UUUCUUCCCCCCCAAACAGGAAUCCGUAAUUUCCAAACCCUGAACGAAGUUCCUUUGCAAUGGAUUUCUCCAAGAAGCGCAAAACUGAGGAGAACGGAGACAACGAUUCCGUGCCCUCGACAACCCCGCUUGGCGCCGAUGACAUCCACAAGAUUCUCCAACCCUUCUCACAAGAACAGCUUGUCGAGCUUCUUCAAUCAGCUGCUCUUCAUCACCCUGACGUUCUCGAGUCUAUACGUUCCGUCGCCGACCGUGACUCCACCGUUCGGAAACUCUUUGUUCGGGGGCUUGCGGGGGAAACCACCACGGAGACGCUCAGCAGUGUUUUCUCCUCCUUUGGAGAGCUCGAUGAGGCGAUCGUUAUCUUCGACAAAACAACGGGGAAGUCCAAAGGAUACGGCUUUGUGACGUUUAAGCACGUUGAUGGUGCUAUAUUGGCUUUGAAGGAGCCCAGCAAGAAAAUUGAUGGGAGAAUGACGGUGACCCAGCUUGCAGCUGCUGGAUUAUCGGCCAGUCAAGGGACUAAUGCGGCUGCCGCAGCCACAAGUGAUGUUUCUACCCGGAAAAUUUUUGUGGGCAAUGUGCCGUUUGAUAUCUCGUCGGAGAGGCUGUUGAGUUACUUUUUGGCAUUUGGCGAAAUCGAAGAAGGGCCACUUGGGUUUGACAAAGGUAAUGGAAAGUCCAAAGGUUUCGCAUUCUUUGUGUACAAAACGGAGGAGGGCGCUAGGGCGUCUCUAGUUGAGCCAGUCAAAACUAUUGAUGGUCAUCAAGUGCUUUGUAAAUUAGCCAUGGAUAACAAGAAGGGAAAAUCAGGAGGAGCUCCUAACCAGGGUCCUCCUGGUUUACAAGGUAAUGGCAUGGCAGCACAGCAACCGCAACCAUCUUUACCCGGUCCUAUGAUGGGAUCAAAUUAUGGCGGUCAUGGAUCUUCAUAUGGGGGAUUUGGUGGUGCGCAUCCGGGUCCCAUGACGGUGCCUAGUAAUAAUUAUGGUUUGCAGUCUUCAUUGCCGCCAUAUGGCACUCAAGUUCCAUCUACCUUAACUCCUAAUAGUGGUGGGGGGUACGGUCCAGGAAUUGGAGGGCCUUACGGUGGCUCUCAGUUCAGUGGGCCAACUUCUGGUGAUUAUGGUGCUAGGCUGCCUCCAACUUCUGCUGGAAUGCCUUCCGGAGGAUAUCCAGACGGUUCUCAUUAUAAUAUGACCUCAUCUGCAGUUCCCUCGCAGCAUCAACAGCCCAUGCAAAUGCCAAGGCUGGCUCCCGGAGGAAUGUACCAAGGCAUGCCACCCUACUACUGAGAAUAUUUGAGAAGAGAAAGGAGGAAAGAAUCUUUGAGACUUAAUGGAGUUUUGGAAGGAAAGGGAUUGAACAGCUUCCUCCUGCUGCCCCUCCAUAAUUUCACACACACACAUACAGGCAUGACGCGUGCACAUGGUAAUCUGGAUGAAACCAAUCACAUCAUGAAUAUGAAUAUUUGUUUCGUUGCACUAAACUUUUGAUCUUUCUUUAUUUUGGUUCUUGAAAAAGAAAGUUUAUGUGGUGGUUUAUCUGUCAGAAGGAGUGUAUGACUGAUUCUUUCCUCUUCUUUUUUAAUUCUAGAAACCGUACACUCAUGAAUAAUCAGUAGGCUAUAUGGAAAUGUAAUUCUACAGGAUACAGUCUUCACACUCAAGUGGACAUGAUACAAUGAUAUGUAGAGUUAUGCUUAUUUAUUUGAUGAUUCUGUUACGUGCUUCUGAGCAAUAAUUAUUACUGUUGAUAGCUCAUCAUUAGUUUUAAAAAUGUUAAUUCAAAUGGGUGUUUGAUUCAGGUUUGUGAUGGCUUCUUGGGCGCUAAUGCUUUAAAUGGUUAUGCUGAUUUCGUGAAUCAAGACAAUGAAAUCUUUGGUUUUGAUUACAUGGACUGCUGUGAAUUUGUUGCUGCUUCACUGCCCUCUGCUUCUAUGUAUUGUUCCAAUUUGUGAUAGGUUUUAGUGAAAGCUCACAUAAGUUUGCUUAGUAUUUGAAUGUAGUAUUUAUAUGAUGAUUUGUAGAACAUUGUGCUAGAUGAUUUUACCCUAAAUAUGGUUUUAAAUUAUUCAGUAGAUUCAAACGUGUUUAUGCUUCCUACGAAGAAAAAAAGGUGUUUACCUUGAACUUUGAUAUAUUGUUAGCUGUUGGCCAUGUUACUUUGUGCAUCUAUGGGCAUUAUGCGGCUGCUGCGCCUUUGUUUCACUAUCUGGAGUUUGGGUUCUAUUUGAGUAUUUCUUGAAAUAUUCUUAUAAUUGGUCUCUAAAUUCUGAAGUUUUGAAAUAGUAAAGCAGUUGAGGUAACGCCAUUUUGAGACCAUGCAUAUAUUAUCUUAUCUAUUGGAUCUGGUAUUGAUUUGGCGCUCAAACUGAAUCUGUUUUAAAAUUGCCGACCUUGAGUAUGCUUCUUCUUGUCUGAUGGAGGAUUUGCUGACACUUGAUCUGGCAAUGUUUAUACUGAAUUGGUUGUGUAAAUCUUAAUUUAUUUCCGAGAAAACAAAAACUACAUAACCUUUUCUUCCAAUCAAGAAUGGUAUUUUCUGACGAUUAAAGUAACAAUUAUGUCUUUGUAAACUUGAGAAUGUUGAAUAUAAAUUAUAUUUGUGGAAUUCUAUAAAAUCUAAAUGAAUGGCUUUUGUUCUCCAAUAGCUUAUGAGUCUAAUACUUUGGAUUCAGCUUGUUUAAUAUGCAAGUUUAGUCAAGAAGACCUCAAAGGGUUGUAUGCAAUCUGUUCACUCUACUGUUAAAAAGUGUUUUGAUUCUCGUUGUGUUAAAGUAAAACUACAUUGCAUUUUGUACCCUUGAAUGUUAGGCUCAACCCACCUUGAUGGUUAAGAGGGAAAAAACAAAAUUGGAAAUCAAAACCAAUGGGGGUAAAGGAAAGAAUGAGCAUGUGUACGUUGACAAUAAAUGAUACCUUUUCCCUUGUCAACUUUGUUAGUAUCAGAGGAUAUGCAUUACAAAUUGCAUGAUUUGAUGUGAUUCUUCCACACGACAAUACAGAUUGCUGGUUUCAUUAAAACUCUGCGAAUUACAUCUGCAUCAUUUGAAUUAUUAUGUUUACCCUAUACCAGUUGAUCCACUUUAUUCCUUGAGACAGUAACACGCUCUUGAGCUGCUGUAUCCUCAGACGGGUAAAUUUAAAUCUCAUUCCCAUUUGACUGUAAUAUGCUUCACUAAGAAUCUUAUAUUCUGUCUUGAUCUCUUGUCUAUGUUUGUGUGCAUACCUUUUCUUUAGUUAGAUUCUUGUCCUUUGAUUAUUUUUUUUGGGCCUGAACUUAUCUUUUGAUUACUUUAAUUAAGUGCAUUUCAAGCUUAGUUUCUGCUUUGUAGUUUAGGGCAAGUCUAAGCUACUGGUACUUCCAAGAGAGAGCAAAACUUUUGAUCGAAACAAGCAUGGCUAUCAAACACUUGGAAUGGAAGUUUUAGUUUAGCUUUUGUGAAUUUUUUUUUUCGUACUUCUGGAGAGGCUUUUCUAUUCUAAUUGUUCUAAAUAUGUUGAAUUCCUCGACUUAACUGUCCUGAAAGUACUUUCACAUAUUGUGCUGUGAUGUUCUUUCAUGCUCAAAACUGCUCAGUGUGAGAUUUACUGAUCUAUUAACAUAGAAAAGUGCCAAUUAUUGCUGUGGUGUUCUUUCAUGCUCAAAACUGCUCAGUUUGAUCUUGGGGAAUGUAUGUUUAACAGUGCUCACUAUUUUCUUGAACUUUCAUGUCUACUAAACCUCACUGGCGGCCUUAACUAAUGCUGUUACUAAUGAUUUUGAGGUGGUUUCCACGUCCCGUUUUGAUCUGAUGUCAUUCAACCUGCAUCAAAUUCCAUGUAGUCUUUCGGGUUUUGGACUCACAAUGCCAGUGGCCUCCAGUUGCUUAGCGCAGUAGAUGGCCCUUUUGUUGUAUCAUUCCCUUGAGUGAGACUAUUUGUAAUUAUUUUAUAGUGGAAUAGGAAUGCUUUUACUUCAAAAAUGGUUUGCCAAUAUCAUGUUACAUAUAUUUUUGUACAAGGUUUCACGUGAUAAGUUGACCUUUUCCUGCCUCUAAA